AUGCCCAUCCACAGCCCCCGUGGCCAUAAGCCUCGCCACAUUGUCCACGACCCCCAUGCGCACGAGUUCCAGCUUCCCCUGACCGAGGAGCGGCUCGAGAGGCUCGAGAAUGACGUCCACACUCUCGCACGGCUGGUCUUCUCGGCCCGCUACGCAGACAAGCAAGACCAAAUCCGCAAGAGCCCGUCUUCGCAGCAGCAGAAGGAGCAAUGGAAGUUGAUGGUCAACGCCUUUGAUGCCCCUCCGACCCUUUCUACCGGCGCCAAAACCAUCUGGUCCCAAGACCGGCCCAUGCAGUUCGCCUCCCCCAAGCAGAGUGAGAAGCGGCCGGCAGGCGGCAGCUUAGAAGCCAAGUCUGGUGGCAAGCUGCCGGCGAAGAUGUGUCGCUACCUCUUUGCGGUGGUGGUUACAAUGCUCUGCUCUAUCACUAUUUGGUUGUCUCUUGGCGGAGAGCCGGCUUUUGGUGACUUGUAUCAGGCUGCUGAGUGGCUGAAGGAGAUGUAUGCUGAGAAAUGGAUGGGAGCUUAG